AUGAAACAUAUCGACGACAACAACGUUUGAAAAGGGGAGCACCUAGAAACGAUAACGAAACGUUUUGGCUGAAACCGGAGCCCGCAUAAAACAGGCCAGAGUUUAAAUAUUAUUUUGGAGCACCGACACUUUCACGAUUUGGUUGCUUGACGAUGGAGGAAAUAUGCAGAGUUUGCGUGGGAACGUCCGGAGAAUUCAGGAACAUUUUUGACGAAAGACCCACAAUGGACAUGUGCAUUGGUGACAUGAUAGCGCAGUGCACCGGGUACGUGGUUAAGCGAGGGGAUUCGCUACCAGAAAACAUAUGUCCGCCUUGCCUGGAGGAUGCUAUUAGUGCCUUCAAUCUUAAGUCCACCUGUGAGCAGAACCAUACAUUAUUUUUCACGCUCAUGGACAAGGACAAGAAACAAGACGAGGAUUGGCUACAUUCUGAUGACCGAACUGAGCAAUUGAAACAUCAAGAUGAUAGCAAUAAUAGUGAUAAUUGUAAACCAAAAUUCACUCCAAGAGAGCCCCAUCUCAGUGUACUCAGCGGACCGUACACGUGUCCACACUGCUCGAAGUCAUUCUCUCAAUCCGCAACUCUCUUGAAUCACAUCUGUACUCACAAAAAUGAGCGACCAUACCAAUGCGCUCACUGUUCGAAGUCUUUUAAACAGAAAUCCAAGCUCGUCGUACACAGCCGGGUCCACAUGGAGGAGCGACCUUAUAAGUGUUCUUACUGCCCGAUGUCGUUUAAACAUCUCGUAAAUCGUGCCUGUCACAGACGCUCCCACAAAGGUGACAGACGCCACCAAUGCUCUCAGUGCUUCAAAAAAUUCUCAAAAAAAUCCAAUCUUAUAAGACACAUGGUUACGCACACAGAUAACCGAACGUAUCAAUGCACCGAAUGCCCAAAAACGUUUGUUCAAAACCAACAUCUCAAGGCACACUUCCGCACGCACACUGGAGAGAGUCCAUUCAAGUGUACGCAGUGCCCUGAGGUCUUUGAAAAAAAAUUAAAUCUGCGAGAACAUACCCGUACCCACACGGGGGAGCAGCCAUAUCAAUGCCCACAAUGUCUGGAUGCCUUUAUUUCACGAGCAUAUCUCAAAAUUCACAUACGAACUCACACUCGCACGGCAGAGCUACCGUUUAACUGUCCUUACUGCACUGAGACCUUUGCCCAAGACGGGACUCAGGCUCAGGCUCAUAUGCGUGCGCAUACGGAAUGGUCAAGUCUUUGCCAUAAAACUACGUUCCCUGUUAAAAUUUCAAUGUCAUAGUUCUCCAAGACCUACAAAGAACCUAAUCAUACUGGAGAGAAAAACGACCAAUCUAGUGUUACCACUGGGAAAGAGACCGAUGAAGAAAAAUAUCAAGAUGAUAGCAAUACGAUUGAUAAUGUGUUCCCCCUUGAAGUCACUUAAAAUGUAAUCUUAUCUCCAAAUACACAUUUUUGCUACCUUGGCCACCUA